AUAACUUCCGUUUCAAUGUAACAGUAGCGAAGCGAGGCAGUAUGGCGGAGCGCGGUCAGCCACCCCCAAAACGGCUCUGCUGCAGGCCCGGCUUUAACCCUUCCAAAGCGCCGCAGAGGGCGGCCCCGGCUGGCAAAAGCUACAAGCCGGAGUCGCUGCUAGACAUUAGUGCCAGGAAAGUAGCGGAGAAGUGGCCUUUCCAGCAAGUGGAAGAGCGUUUCACCCGCAUCCCGGAGCCCGUUCAGAGGCGAAUCGUCUACUGGUCGUUUCCUAGGAAUGAACGGGAAAUUUGCAUGUAUUCCUCAUUCAAUUAUUCGGCCGAGGACGGAGGGGACGACGAGAGCAGACUGCCUUUUAAACGGGGCAUCGCACUGCUGGAAAGCGGCUGUGUGGACAAUGUCCUUCAAGUCGGAUUCCACUUAAGUGGCACAGUAACUGAACCUGCCACACAGUCGGAACCAGAAACUGUUUGCAAUGUUGCUAUCAGCUUUGAUCGUUGCAAAAUUACCUCAGUGACCUGUGGCUGCGGAAACAAAGACAUCUUUUAUUGCGCGCAUGUUGUAGCACUCUCGCUGUACCGGAUUCGCAAACCUGAUCAGGUCAAGUUGCAUCUUCCCAUUUCAGAGACACUUUUUCAGAUGAACCGAGACCAACUGCAGAAAUUUGUUCAGUAUUUGAUCACAGUACAUCACACAGAAGUUCUGCCUACUGCCCAAAAACUAGCCGAUGAAAUUCUCUCUCUCAACUCCGAAAUCAAUCAAGUACACGGUGCCCCUGAUCCAACAGCAGGAGCCAGCAUUGAUGAUGAAAACUGUUGGCACUUGGAUGAGGAACAGGUUCAGGAACAGGUUAAACUCUUCCUUUCCCAGGGCGGUUACCAUGGAUCUGGAAAACAGCUGAACUUGUUGUUUGCAAAGGUGCGGGAGAUGUUAAAGAUGAGGGAUUCAAAUGGUGCUCGAAUGUUAACAUUAAUAACAGAACAAUUUAUGGCCGACCCCCGUCUUUCUUUGUGGAGGCAACAAGGAACAGCCAUGACUGAUAAGUAUAGACAACUCUGGGAUGAACUAGGUGCUCUGUGGAUGUGUAUAGUCUUAAAUCCCCAUUGCAAGCCUGAACAGAAAGCAGGUUGGCUAAAGCAGCUCAAAAAAUGGAAUUGUGUUGAUGUUUGUCCCUGGGAGGAUGGAAACCAUGGCAAUGAGCUGCCCAAUUUAACCAAUGCUUUGCCUCAGGGUGCAAAUGCUAACCAAGAUACUGCAAAUAGGCCUCAUCGGACUGUGUUCACACGAGCCAUUGAGGCAUGUGAUCUCCACUGGCAGGACAACCAUUUACAGCACAUUAUUAGCAGUGACCUCUACACAAACUACUGUUACCAUGGUGAUGGUGAAAAUUCACUAUUUGACUCUCAUGGUUGGCCCCUAUGGCACGAGCACGUCCCUACAGCUUGUGCUCGGGUAGAUGCGCUGCGAUCUCAUGGAUAUCCCAGAGAAGCGUUGAGACUAGCCAUAGCAAUUGUCAAUACACUGAGGCGACAACAGCAAAAACAGCUCGAAAUUUUUCAGGCACAGAGGAAAGGAAUCACGACAAUAACCAAUCUUGAAGGCUGGGUAGGUCACCCGCUGGACCCUAUUGGCUGUCUCUUCAGCACGCUAAUGGAUGCUUGCAGAGUAGAUGAUGAAAGUUCUGGAUUUUCUGAAUUUACAGAAACAACGGGGCAGUUGAAACUGCUGGAGUAUCAGCAUCUACCGGCCCACAAGUUCCUGGAAGAUGGGGAAUCUUAUUUAACACUAGCUGUUGAAAUAGCAUUGAUUGGAUUGGGUCAGCAACGAAUAAUGCCCGAUGGCUUGUAUGCGCAGGAGAAAGUCUGUCGCAAUGAAGAACAACUGAUUGCAAAGCUGCAAGAGAUAGAAUUAGAUGACAUGCUGGUGAAAAUUUUCCGGAAACAAGCCGUUUUCCUGUUGGAAGGUGGACCUUACAGCGGCCUGGGUGAAAUAAUUUACCGAGAGAGUGUCCCAAUGCACACUUUUGCCAAGUAUCUCUUCACGUCUCUCCUACCUCAUGAUGCUGAGUUGGCGUAUAAGAUUGCACUGAGAGCAAUGCGGCUGCCCGUGUUGGAAUCCGCAGCACCGACAGGAGAUGUAUCACGACCCCAUCACAUUGCCUCUGUUGUUCCAAACCGUUAUCCACGCUGGUUCACUUUAAGCCACAUUGAGUCUCAGCAGUGUGAGCUGGCUUCUACAAUGUUAACAGCUGCUAAAGGAGAUGUAAUGAGGCUGGAAACAGUGUUAGAAUCCAUACAAAAGAACAUUCACUCCUCAUCACACAUCUUCAAGCUCGCCCAGGAUGCGUUUAAAAUAGCAACUCCUAUGGACAGUUUGCCCGAUAUUACCCUUCUCAAAGUGUCCCUGGAGCUGGGUCUUCAGGUUAUGCGAAUGACAUUAUCAACAUUAAACUGGCGCCGUCGUGAGAUGGUACGAUGGUUGGUAACAUGUGCUACAGAAGUAGGUGUUUAUGCAUUGGACAGCAUUAUGCAAAGUUGGUUUACGUUAUUCACCCCAACUGAAGCUACCAGUAUUGUUGCCACUACAGUAAUGUCUCACAGCACAGUUGUUAGAUUGAACCUGGACUAUAACCAACGGGAGAAACUAGCCAGCAGUGCAAGGACGCUUGCACUGCAGUGUGCAAUGAAGGAUCCUCAGAACUGUGCCCUCUCAGCUCUAACCCUGUGUGAAAAGGACCAUAUAGCUUUUGAGACUGCUUACCAAAUAGUUCUAGAUGCUGCCACGACUGGUAUGAGUUAUACACAGCUCUUCACAAUUGCUCGGUACAUGGAGCACCGUGGUUACCCAAUGCGGGCCUAUAAGCUAGCCACUUUGGCAAUGACGCAUCUCAACCUGGGUUACAAUCAGGAUACACACCCUGCCAUUAAUGAUGUCCUCUGGGCAUGUGCACUUAGCCACUCCCUUGGGAAGAAUGAGCUAGCAGCUAUAAUACCUCUGGUGGUUAAAAGUGUUCAGUGUGCUACAGUACUUUCUGACAUUCUACGCCGGUGCACUUUGACCACACCAGGAAUGGUGGGACUACAUGGACGGAGGAACUCUGGGAAAUUAAUGUCACUGGACAAAGCGCCACUCCGACAGCUCCUGGAUGCCACUAUUGGGGCCUAUAUAAAUACAACGCAUUCACGGCUUACGCACAUUAGUCCACGGCACUAUAGUGAGUUUAUAGAGUUCCUAAGCAAGGCCCGAGAGACCUUCUUGAUGGCUCACGAUGGACACAUCCAGUUUACACAAUUUAUUGACAACCUGAAGCAAAUUUACAAAGGCAAAAAGAAACUCAUGAUGUUGGUGCGUGAGCGAUUUGGUUGAUCAGCACGCUGUCAUAUCUUUUUAUUGAGCCUGCCUUUGUACCCUUUUUAACCUAAACCAGAGCCACACCGGUAUUAUAUGUGUAUAGUAAUGAACAGUUCACAAACUUUAACCUUGUUGAUUGUGAGAUUUGUGUGUUUUUUUUGUAUGAGAAAAGAGGAAAAAAAAGAAUCAGUUUACACUGAGUACAUGUUGUCAAGUGGCAAAAGUCCACGUCGCUCCUGUCCUUUGUAUGUACAUUCACAGCCUAAGAGUAUGGCUUUAAACCAAACAGACACCUCCAUCCUAAGUGAUAAGUACCUCGUAUGGAUUCAGCUUUACUCCUUCGUCACUCAUCCUUACAUUUCAGUGUAUUAAAAAUACAAGGCUGACCACGUGGCUUUGCAGUGCUGUUCAUCCAGAAGCAUGGCACACGUUGCUCGUGCAUGUGUAAUUAGCGACUGUCAACAUACAUUCUCAGGGAUUUAUCGAAGAAAGAAUGAGAGCAUUUAUUGUACUGUAUAUAUUAUAGUAUAUGUCUGAAUAUUGAAAAAAAUAUACGUAACAUUUUAAUUUAUAAAAUAUUCUAUGUAAUGCAAAAUACUUGAAGCUGCAGUAGCUUGGUAUAAAAACAUAUCAGAAGGACUAAAGUGCGCCUUGCUUCAGGUUGGCUCAGGUGGAGAAUUGUGUGCUGGACAUCUAUGCAGAGCCACCACCUCUGUUGCAUGAUUGGACUGAUAAUUAGUUUGAGAAAACAUAAAUUUUAAAAACGAAAAAAAUCUGCUUGUAACAAACACCAUAGUUAAAAGGGGCAAAAAAAAACAAAUUACAGCCAGAGCAGUAAGCCUUAGCAUUAAAAGUAUUUGCCAGAAUCAGGCUUUGUGCCUCCUAGUCUAGAACUGAACUACAACAAUUUAAGACAUCCUUGAAAAGGUUGAACUAUGUGUUUUACAAUAAAAAGAUGUUACAGUAGGCCUUUGCAGUGGUAUAGUGAAAUGCUACUUAUGUGCUCAAUAACAUAUAUUAAUCUGCAUUGGGAACUGACUUUGUGCAGGACAGGAAGUUGCUGUGUAGUAAGACUGUUCUACUUUUUUUUUCCUCCAAUAGAAUUCCUUGAGAGAGAACAGCCUUCUAUCUUGCCUUGUCUUAAUGCUUUAAAAAAUAACCAAACUGGACAUCUAACUACCAAACUGUUCAUUAAAAAUGACUUUGGUUUCUAUUUUGAGUCUUUAAUUUAGCAGAACUGUUCUGUAUCUUGUGCUUUAUAAAAGAGUUUUUACGUUGGGUGCAAAAUGUUACUAGUGUCACUUGUUCCUUCCACUAGGGAAAAUGCUAGAGGUAUGUUCUGUAGCUUUUUUUGCUGUUUAGGAAAAAGAUUAUAAUUUCUUGCUCACCAUUUUAUUUAUUAUAGUAGGUGAAAGAUUGUACUUCAUCGCCCGUGUAAACAUGCUCUUGAAGUUUAAAAGUAAUUAAGAUUUGAUACACUGAUAUCAAUUUAUUUAUGUAACUAAAUCACUGUUUUAUAAACUUGUUAAUGAUUCAACAAUUUUUUGUUUUGAUUAAAAUUAGUUUUUUGAAAGUUAAA